AUGGGCUCACCGCUCGGCCCAUUCCUCGCAAAUGUCUUCAUGGGCAAAGUCGAGAUGACAAGUUUACAAGACACCAUUAAUGACCUCAGCUUCUACGGUCGGUACGUAGACGAUAUUUUCUGCCUGACGGAUGUUACCACCGACACAGACGUCCUGAUUCAAAAAUUCAACAAUUCACACCCCUCGCUGACGUUCUCUGCAGAGUUUGAGGCAAACAAUGAAAUCGCGUUCCUCGACGUUCUUCUGCACAGACAAGAGGAUGGGUCUAUCCAACGUAGAGUAUUCCGAAAGAAAACCUGGACGGGACAAUACAUUAACUUUCACAGUUUUGUUCCCCUCAACAGCAAACGAAAUCUAGUCCAGGGAUUGGCAGCUAGAGUGCGACGUAUCUGCUCUCCUGAGACUGUGGAGGCAGAACUGCAGCAGCUGCGGGAUACACUCCACGAAAACGGAUAUCCAGAAAGAUUUAUCCUUCGAAAUAUAGGGGAGCGCACUGCAAAACCUACCAUGACAACUGCAGAAAAGAAGGACUUAUUUAUACGAUUGCCUUUUCAAGGAGACGCAGCAAGUGAACUUGUAAAAAGACGUCUGAAGACAGCGGUCACUAACGCUUUCACACCGGCGAACUUACGUGUGUGUUUCACUAACUCUCCCCUCCUACGUUUGGGAGGUAAAGACCGACUCCCGUUGCAGGCCACAUCAAUGAGUAUUUAUUCAUUCACUUGCUCCUGUGGAGCGGGCUACAUCGGCCGUACAACGAGGCGUUUGGAAAAGAGAGUACGUGAACACAUACCGGCCUGGCUAGGCAAAGGUGAGAAGAAAUCGAUCUCGAGUUCUAUUCUCGCACAUCUUGUCGAUACGAAUCACCGAGUCGAUGCCAAAGAAGCCUUUCAGAUUGUCUACCGGACACCAGCAGGCUUCUCCAAAGGCCUACGCCAACGGGUGCUAGCUACAGCUGAGGCAGUGGCUAUACGGCUAGCCAAUCCAGUGCUAUGCUGUCAGAAGACUCUGACACAGGCGCUCUGUCUUCCGUGGCCGACGCCGACCACAACGUCACUCCAACCUUCUGAUGCCAGGGUGGGUGCACAAGGUACACGACGCACUCGCAGCCUAUGCCCCCCCUCCUCCUCGCCCCCCGAACCCAAUUACCACGACACGCCGACCACGCCAUAG